CCAUAUUUCAUGUAAAUUGUGGCCAACACUGAACAAGAAAGAAUGUGAUCUAGCGAAUGUCCACUCAGUUUUUUUCAAGUUUUCUGAAUAACAGAUUCGUGUGAAAUGACUUUACAAUAUAAGUGAUUUGUUCGGUUAAAAUGCAUAAUUGGUAUACUUUAUUUCUCUUAAUUGUGUUAGUUGCUGGAAAACCAAAACAAGAAAGUACAGGACCAUGUUCUACAAAGUGCCAAGGUGAAGAAUACCAAUGCCUCGAAGGGAAUUGUUACUGCGCGGACGGGUUCAUUCCGAACCACUUCCUAAGUGAUUGCGUUAAGUGUCCAGAUCUGGGAGAAAAAUGCUACGGGCCGUGCUGUAACUCCUUGAGUAAUGCGAGCUUGCAGUGCUGGCACGGAGUAUGCCAGCCGUGCCUCGAUGCCAAUGGGAAUUGGAGUUGCAGGGACACCGUUGACCAAUUUUUACUAGUGACAACUACCCAACUGAUAAUGGCCAUUGCUCUCGUCCUUGGGAUUAUAGCCACAUUAAUGUUGCUGUUAAAAUUGUGUUCGGUACCACAUUUAAGGUCACUGGGUAUCAGCAGAUCAAAUGGCGACAGACAGUCCGUGAGCAGUUUACAAAUGUACGUCGAUGAGAGACUGAGAGAUGCUCCCCCAAGAUAUUCAAGAACUUCGCAAAAUAACGUCAGCGACGUUACCACUAAUGCAGCUGCUGCUACUACUACAUUGUCUCCAGUGGUUUAUACCAACAAUUGUUUUGUGCCAGAUGACAGCAUUCCGCCGCCGCCCUAUACAGAAGUAAUAAAGAAUGAAUGUAACCACAACGCAUCUGUACACAUGUGAAUGUGGAAAAACACUUCUUAAUUGCCAAUAAUUGCGGCGACUUACCUACCCUCUAAUUUUACUGUGAUGAAUAAUAAAUUAUUAAGAGUUGGA